UGCAGGCAAGUGCCCAAAUGGAAAAAGAGGGUCUCGUAAGAGGCCUCAAAUUUCUUUCUGAGCAAGGCGUGACUGUGGGCUCAUUGACUACGGACCGCCACUCGGGAAUUAAGAAGCACAUGCGGCUGCAACAUCCGGACAUCGAUCAUCACUUCGAUGUGUGGCAUGUUGCAAAGGGCAUCAGGAAAAAGCUGACUGCAGCUUCCCGAAGGGCUGGAUGCAGUGCCAUUACAGAAUGGACUCAAGCCAUCACCAACCACCUGUACUGGUGUGCAUGCGCUUGCGGUGGCAACGGGGACAUGCUGGUGGCAGCAUGGAGUAGCAUGCUGAACCACAUUAAGAACAGACAUGAAGGACAUGGUGGCCUGUACCCCCGCUGUCUUCAUGGACAAUCCCGCCGCAUGCGAUGGCUCACUGCUGACUCUCCAGCCUACAAGCAAAUUGAGCGCAUUGUGGCAGCACCACUGUUGCUGAAAGACAUCCGCCAGUUGUCACCAUCUGUUCAGACAUACAGCCUGGAGUCCUUCCACAGUGUUCUGAAUGGUUUUGCCCCGAAGUCAACUGCAUUCACAUAUGAAGGCAUGAAGGCCCGCACACUGAUUGCUGCGCUUCAUUUCAAUGAGAACUCCCAGCGAGAGCAAGGAAGGAGCUGUGAUGGUGCAGAACAGUGGCGCGUAAAGUCCUCCAAGGUCAGGCAAAGUACCUCAACAGCAUGUGCACUCAAGACAGCUCCCACAUUUGGCAAGUCAAUUUGAAAAUACUUGCUGUGCUAUGCUUUGCCUACUAUUGCAAUAUGUUAUGCAGCAAUGUUUGUAAAAAAGGGAAUGUUUUAGUCCUGCUGUACUGUCUACCAAAAGCAUCGAUAUCUCUUGCAAUGGAGAGUGAAGUGACUGCGACAGCUGUUUUUCACAGAAAUUUUCUUAACCUUCAUGGCAGUCUGUCCAAUGAAGACAUUUCGCCAGAUCAGUGGAAUUUUGCUCAAGAUUGCCAUGUACUGCCAAAAGCUGUACAUCAUAGAGAUGUGUCACUGAAAGGGUGCAAUGACAGACACUUUGCGAUACAUAACGUGGAACAUUUGAAUGGCCAAUGCUUCCGGAGCAACAAUGAAGUCAAAGAGGUGAAACGUUUCCUCAAUGGGCUGGCGGCGGAGGUCUAUGACAUUGGGGUACAAAAAUUGGAGCACUCUGCAAAAAUGCGUAGAAAAAAGAUGGCGAUUAUGUAGAAAAAUAGAGUAAAGUUUCACUUUUCCAAUGAUGUUAAUUUUUAUGAGAUUAAACAAUGUUGUCUGUUUG